CAACGGCAUAAAUUGCUGUCAGAUCACAAUCCCCUCUUACCUCCAGUUCAUAAACGCAUCGUUUAGAGGUAUCUCUGCUUCAGAGGAUCAUGAGCAAUGCAGGGUUGGAUUUAUGGUUGAUAAAGAAUGGUUCAGUUAUUCUAGAGUGACAAGGGCAAUGGAGUAUGUACCAGUGGUGUUAGAAUGGGGAAUCAGUAAUGGAACUUGCAGGGAUUCGCCUGAAAGGAGCUCCAAUAGGGGAAAUUCAACCAAUCUCUGCGGCAGUUAUGCUUCCUGUUCAACUAAAAUGGGCGAAUAUUACCAUUGUUCUUGCAAUUCUGGCUAUGAAGGAAAUCCGUACCUUUCUUGUCAAGAUAUCAAUGAAUGCGAAGAUCCGAGAAAUAAUUUGUGUCCAGAGAUAUCCAUGUGUGAAAACAGGCCAGGAAGCUACGCGUGCUUCUCUUGGAGUAACGACGGCUAUGCCUAUUCCAAAAGACGGGGUGAUCAUUACAAGUAUAGGUUCUGGUCUUGGGCUACUUUUUCUGCUCGGUGGCUCAUGGUGGCUAUACAAGUUAUUAAAAAGGCGAAAAGAUUUCAAUCGCAGACAAAAGUUCUUUAGAAGGAAUGGUGGUCUACUUUUGCAACAACAAUUAUCUUCGUCUGAAAGUAAUAUCGAGAAAACAAUGUUUACGUCGAAGGAGCUAGACAAGGCUACAGACUGCUAUAAUGAGAAUAGAAUCCUCGGCCAAGGAGGGCAAGGCACAGUUUAUAAAGGAAUGUUGUCUGAUGGAAAGCUAGCUGCAAUUAAAAAGUCAAAGCUAGUGGAUGAGAGUAAACUUGAGCAAUUUAUUAAUGAAGUGGCGAUUCUCUCACAGAUUAACCAUAGAAAUGUUGUUAAAUUACUAGGUUGUUGCUUGGAGACAGAAGUUCCUUUACUUGUGUAUGAGUUCAUUCCUAAUGGAACACUCUUCCAACAUCUGCAUGAUCCUAAUGAAGAGUUUCCAAUUACAUGGGAAAUGCGUCUACGGAUUGCCACAGAAGUUGCAGGUGCUCUGUCUUAUUUGCAUUCAGCAGCUUCCAUGCCUAUUUAUCAUAGAGAUAUCAAGUCUUCAAACAUACUCUUGGACAUGAAAUAUAGAGCAAAAGUAUCUGAUUUCGGCACGUCAAAAUCAAUUGCAAUUGAUCAAACACAUGUGACCACUCGAAUACAAGGGACUUUUGGAUACUUAGAUCCUGAAUACUUUCAGUCAAGUCAGUUCACAGAAAAGAGUGAUGUUUAUAGCUUCGGAGUAGUUCUUGUCGAGCUUUUAACCGGACAAAAGCCUAUUUCUUCGAUGCGAUCAAUUGAAGAGAGAAGUUUAGCAACAUAUUUUUUACUUUCAAUGGAGGAAAAUCGUUUGUUUGAAAUUCUUGAUGCUCGAGUUCUCAAGGAAGGAGCCAAAGAAGAUAUUGUAGCAGUUGCUAAACUAGCAAAAAGGUGCUUGAACUUGAACGGAAAGAAGAGGCCUACAAUGAAAGCAAUUGUGAUGGAAUUGGAAAGGAUUAGAGCAUCAAAUGGAAAUUGUUGCAUCAUUGAACAUGAUGACGAGUAUGAAGAGAUUGAUUUUUCUCAAGGUGAUUAUACUGCACAAUGGGAUGGAGCUUCUUCUUCAACUGUGUCGUUUCAAAUUAGUAGUGCACCUGUGGCAUCAGAUGGGCAACCUUUGCUUUCUAAUGCCUGAUCAUGGAAGGUUUGUAAAACUAGAAUUCGCUCGGAAGGUCAUGAUAUAGUUCUGAUGUAACAGUAUAAUUGUGGACAUAUAAUAUAUUAUGGUUUAGAAUUGUAUUUUACUCGAAUUUUUUUUUUUUUUAUGAUCAUUUGUUUAUGAUAUUAUUAUA